GAGCGGAGAGUUUGGUUGUGUCGACGUGUUUACUUGGCCAUCAAUUGGUACCACGACACCAGUGAGGUAACGUGGAUGUUCGAAGUGAAGGAGAGUGAGGCUGCGAAGCUAGCAUUCGCAAGUAAAACAUGUCUAACUCCGAGCGGUGGGAUGACAACAGAGGAGCAGGCGAUGGAGAUCGACGCCAGUAUAGAGCUCCGACAUGCUUCAACUGUCACGAGCAAGGGCACUACGCUAAUCAGUGUCCGCACCGCGACCGACGACAACAUUCAAGUCCACCAUCGACAUCCAUGGACUCCAAGAGAUCGCGUUCUCCACGGAGAUUUGAGCAUAGGAGGUACGUCUCUCCACCACGUCAGGACGUUGAACUACGUGGUAAACUUGCGGCGCUAUCACAAGGAGUAGCAGAAAUGAAGGAACACUUCGAAGCGGAGAAAGCAAAGAGGGAGGCGAAAGAACAAAGGAGGUUGGACAAGGAAAGAAGAAAGGAAGAAGAGAGACGGAUAGCCGAGGAGGAGGAAAAACGAAGGAUGGAGGAGGAAGCAAAGCGGGAGGAAAAGAAACGGAAGAAAGCAGAGAAGGCUAAACGUGAAGCUUUGUUACGAGCGGAGAUGAAAAAGGAGGUGACCCUUCACGCCACUCUGCUGAUGGGUGAAAUCAAGGAUGAUUGGAUAAAUCAGAUGAAGUCAUCAGUGAUCCUUGCAUUAUUCGCCGGAAAACAGGAUGUCAAAGGAAAGAAGAAAAUGGAGCCAGAACCGGGAGCGGUGUCGUCCUCCUCUACAGACUACAGCGAUGAAGGGAGUGAAGCGAGCAUGACUCAAGAGAUCAGCGACAAGACUAAGCAACUACGUAUAUCCGAGAAGCGUAAACGGGUAGCUGACGUGGCUCUGGAGGGAAGUCCACCGAUGGAGAUGCCGACCAAACGAACUCCGAGGAAGAUAGCCAGACCGGUGUUACCCACUGAUCGGAUGACAAGAGCGAAGGCCAGGAAGAAGGCGGGCUGCAUUACAGUACGAGCUAAGAAGAGAUCUCCAGUGAAGCCGCCGCUCAACAAAGUGCUUAAAUCUGGAUGGAAGGCAACACCACCAAGCGGCCGCAUCACUCCAGCUAGUAAAGCUCUAUUGAGGCUACGAUACCGUGACGCAUUCAUGCGAGAACUGAAGGAUUGUAACGCGGAUGAGCUCCAAAGGAUUUGCCGAGAGGAGGGACUGCAUUAUGAGGGUAAGAUCCACGCGAUUCUCGAUAUUGCCGAGUAUCGCUCCAGACGUCAAUUUCCUGAGGGAGACCGAGCGACUGAGGUAAUCCCGUUAUCUGUUUCAACUGACACCGAAGCUGUUGAAACUCCAGCUGAUGUAGUGGAGUGAUGUGGUUUUCAUCCGGAUAGAUUGUGGGAGUUGUGCAGGUUCGUCUGUUCGGUUUAGGCAUUAGUUUUUAGCCUUUGGUUGUGCCAGCCUGGUACCGGACCCAGAUAGCCGGAAGUUCUAUAGGCUGUUUUUUUGGACCUUGGUACAGAGGGCCCCCGACCUCAGGGAGGCGGACGGGCCCACGCGAACUUUUUUGAACUAUAAAUAGGUAGACGUAGGAUAUAGACGCCCUCUCAGGUACCGUGGUCGGCCGGUCUAUUGACCACCACCGCGGAGGUGAAGCGGUUUGACGGAGGGGUCUUGGGUUGGUUGGAAUGAAUUCAGUGGUACCUG